CACCAAACUGUGAUCCGAAAUGUUGUCCAAAACGAGAUACGCUUGGAACCGAGGAUUUCCUCGGUGGUCUUCAUUUUCUAUGUGGAUUUCCAACUUUUGGCCUGGAGAAGGGCCUGUCCGCGAUUGCUUUUGGUGGCUCGAUGUAAUGCUACUUAUGGGAGGUAUAGUUUCGGCCUCUACCGUUAGAGGAGUAAAAUUUUGACCUGAUGAAAUUUCCAUUAUAUCGAAACAGGAAUCCGUAGUACAUUGACGGCUGAUUGGGUUCAUGAGCGAAAAAUUCGUAUCAUUUGUCGAUGCUUGUUUGCUUAUCAUGCAUUUGUAUUUGCUCUACAAUUGAAUGAAGCCUUAAUCGAGAAGAAGGAUGCAGCUCUCGUGAUUUUGGAAUUGAUGAAAGUUGCGUUCGUUUCCGUUGCUUGCUUAAAAGUGGUUUCCGUAGCAUUUCUAAAGAAGUCAAUUGCAACACUACGUAUGUUCAUCUGCAGUAACCGAAUAAAUUCUGGUGACGAAGCAUACGAUGAACUGGAACAAAGCAAGUUCAAUAGAACUAUUCGAAGAGUAAUUCAAGUUAUCUUCGGUUUGAUGGCUGUUGAUACUUGUAUCAUGUCGAUUCCAAAUUCUUCGACCAAUGGUAUGCUCGAGCUGCCACACGUGCUUACCUUGGCUGGAAAAUGUACAUCAGGCAUUCUAAGUGUGCUUUUAACUAGUUUUCUGGGCAUUUCGGUAGUUCCGAAAUAUUUUUCCUGCACGGCAAGCGUUGGAGCUUCACUAUUGGGAAUGCGCACGAAACUUCGGAUUUUGAAUCGGCGUUUCAAACUGAUCUCUCAGCAGAAUUUCUCGAGUGGAGAAAAGUGCUUCAAACGUGUGAAUAAAGAAAUAUUGGAAGCUGUAAAUCACCAUGUGGAAUGUUGGAGACUUUUGCAAAUUCUAAAACAUCUGGUGGGCAAAACCUUUUUUCUAGUGCAUUAUUUUUCGAUUUUCGCUGUUGGAGCACUGAUCUACGUUUGCCGUGAAAUGGGAAUAAACAGUGUUACAUUUGUCAUUGUCGCCGGAACUUUCUCAUUUUUGUUGGAGUAUUUCUUGCUGUGUCACCUGGUAGAGCUGCUCCAGGACGAGGCUGAUUCCAUUGGACGUCACAUUUUCCAAAUAUGCGCCCAAAUACCGUUCAAUUCAAAAUUUCGUUCGGAGUACGUGCAGCUGCGAACCAUGCUGAUGAUUGUAUGGAUCAACACUAGGAACGGGGUAUCCGUAAAUUGCAUUGGACUGUUUGACAUCAACACAUCGGCUUUCGUCACCUUGAUUGAUGUUGCGUACUCAGAGCUGAUGUUCUUGAUCAAAUUGAGCUAAAUUUUGUGUUUUUGAUUUUUUAUUGAAUCUGUAAUUACUCGGUUAUUUUGUUGAAUAAUCAUUGUAUGACACUGCUGAAAAUGCUUUAACAUUCAUGUGCACAACAGAAAUAUGUGCUCGAUGAACAAAUUGAGAUUUGAAUUGUAAUAGUGAAGUGUAAUUUUCACAUGGCUUAGUCAGCCAAAGCAAAAUCAAGAAAUUGACAUUGUUUGAGCUUUAUUUUCAUUCAUUCUAAUAACCAAACUCAAGUGACAUGUUACGUUACGUCCUAUUAACUGA